GCCGCGCCGCCCACGCCUCUGUCAGCAUCCCUCGCCGCCUCGCUGCACCCACUGCGAGCCCUUGAUCUCAUGCCGCCCCCUUUACUCAGGUCAAAUCCUCUCUAUACGGAAGAAGAAGAGCAAGAGGUAGUGAUAAUAGUGGACUCCCUGGAGGACUCCGUGGAGGGUGAGGUCACUGAACCUCCACGCGUGCCCAGACGGGCGCCAUCAACUUCUUCAGGCUAUGGCAGCGCCGGCGGUAGUCACGGCCGCGUAUCUCCGCACUUACCAAAGAACGAUAGCUUCGAAACCAAGCCGCGGCGCCUCUCCGAUUCCGACAAACAAGAAGGAUCUCAGACCACUUCCGACUCAGAUCAGAGUCCAGACUGCACCCUGUCCCGUAGCCUUAAAGAAGAUAUUAGGGCUUGUUUAGGGAAUUACCAAUGGGAAAAAGACGUAGGCAUAGUUGUAGAAGCUGCAGUGCGAGGCGCGGGCGGCGUGACGGCUGCGCGUGCGCGUCUUCACGCUGCAUUGCUGGCACUACACGACCCACCCGCUAUACAUCGUAUGCCCGCUUUGCCUUACUGUGGUCCUGGUGUACGACCGGGCGAUGUCACUAUGAUGCCGAAGACAUCGGAAAUGUCUUUACUGGCAGCCAGUGCUCUGUUCACACUAGAUAGCGCGCGAGGUGAAGCACUUUCUAGGAGAUUGGCAAGAAACGAGAGACGAAGACGCAGCUGUAGAGUGGUGCUGGUGGUCACAGCACUGCUGCUACUGCUGGCAGCUGUCGGUGCCGUCGAACUGCUCAUGUCCCGAGGACAGAGAAUGUUUGGCGCUAUACUGCGUUGAUACGCAGUGCGUGUUACCAUUUGUACCUGCAACAUCGACAGCAAGUAAAUACGAUAUGGAUUCCACUAUCGACUUAUUAGUUCAAUAAUAUCUUCAUAUAAUAAGUGCCUUGUGUGUUUUUUCUUUUCUUACUUUAAUUAUAAGCCUUACAGUAACCAUUUAUCUACUUGUGCGUAGUGUGUUGAGAUGAAACAAGAACUUCGCCUGCACACUACGGCAAAUAAACGUAACUUAUUGACAAUAGCUCAUUUUUCCUACGUGCCUUUCAUAAAAUUUGUUAUUGUACCCAAGUUUUGUCAUCAUAGUUAUAUUAUUUUUUAAUGAAUUGUAAUUAUUGAGACAAAAGUGAAAUUGAGUUUGGGAAGGCGCGUCCAGAAAGUUGACGUCGGUAUGAGGUACUUCCGGAAUACAAUCGUUUUGUUUUUUAGCCGUUUUGACACAUGACAUUUGCUACCUCAUUAUUCCAACUUGUUAUUAAAUGUUAUUAUUGUAAUAAAAAUCUGCCUGGUUUACCAUAAACAGUGUUUUCUAAUUAUCCGAACCAAAUAUGUGUAAUAAAUGAAAGCACACAAGUUCAAAUAACUUUAUUAUCGGUUUUUUCCGUCACUAGUCGUGACGUCAACUGACUACAGGCGCUUAAACUUUUUUAACCUGCGUAAAUUCUUUUUUCUUUUCUUAAAUUAAUUGAACAUAAAUUAGGAAAAUGUCGUUACAAAAAAUGGGUUGUGCGUUUGAUGUAGAUUCUGUUUCAAUCAUAAAAAGUAUAUGUGAUAAAAUUUGCUAUUGCCAAUUAUGUAUUGCUAACUAAUAUGAUUAAUCAAGUUGACUGUCAUUAAAUUCGAGUGAUUGAAACGACACGAGACAUGGGCGUUUUUACCUUUUUACAUAAAAGUAAAAAAGUUUGCUUAGUACCUAAGCUGUAUUUGAAUACAACUAGGGAAUUCGAAGAUGGAUAUC